ACGGGAUAAGACUGAACCCACCAUCAAGCUCAAAAUUGGUCAUUGGUUAGAAUUAUUAGUUAGUCUUCAUUUCUUUGCGACAAUUUUCCCUUUUUUCACUCAUGUCUUGACGAUGAAUGACAUAUAGCAUUCGAACUAUUAACAAACUAAAAAGUUUCCUCAUUUUCCACUAAAACUUCCACGAAAUCCGAACUGAUAUUGCUCCAACAAUUGGCUCCACCUUAUCUGAAUAAUACAUCCCGUCGUCGUCCCUGCUCAUGUUCACCGACGAUUUCUGUACCGCAGCGCGAUGUUCAAGCAUUUUUCCUCACUCAGCCGGAGCAGCGGAUCGAUCGGAGGGUUACGUGACCUCCUCGUCUCCAUGUGGUGAGGGAGAGAUAAGCGUGGGUGGUGGGUGUGGUUCCAUGUAUUCCUUGCCUCCUCCUCCCCUCCGACUUUUCGUCGUCGUCCUCCUCCUCCGCAUCUACUGCGCCUACUUCUGGCUCAACGAGAUCUUCCCCACCUCCUCCUACGAUUUCAUCUCCCUCUCCGGCUACGGUCGUCUCCUGCACACCACAAGGUCAAAGGUCAGGACGGGUCACAACACUUCGACGUCUUCUCUCCCACCAUGUCCAUUGCUUCCAUUUCAAUCUAGCUUCCAAACGGGGAACUACUUCCAACCAAACAUCCCCUACUUUUGGAGUUUGGAGGAUAUCGAACUCGACGAGAAGGCGGCCUCGGAUGAGAUGAAGAUUCAAGUCGGGGGAUCUUGGCGUCCUACCGAUUGCAAUCCGGUGCAUCACGUCGCCCUCAUAAUUCCAUUUCGAGACAGGGGCAUCCAGCUCAAAAAGUUUUUGCUCUACAUGCACCCCUUCCUCCAACUCCAGUUGAUCAGUUAUAAGAUUUUUGUGAUAGAACAGACGGACGAGCUGCCUUUCAACAGGGGCAAACUCUUCAACAUUGGGUACAACAUUUCCGCCUGGGAUGAUCCCAGCCUUGAGUGCUUUAUCUUCCACGACGUCGAUCUCCUCCCAGAAAGCUUGUCCAACGUGUAUUCCUGUGCGAAGCUGCCGCGACACAUGAGCGCUGUGACGAAUACGUUCAGAUAUACCCUCCUCUAUCCCCAACUAUUUGGCGGAGCAACUUCCAUGACGCGUGAAACUUUUGAUUCUGUGAAUGGGUUCUCCAACAAUUUUUACGGUUGGGGUGGCGAGGAUGACGAUUUCUUUCUACGACUCACGAACAAAGGAAUUCAACCGAUUCGACUCUCGCCAACGCUAAGUUCCUACCGAAUGCUUCCACACAAGAAAGAAGCUGCCAACUUGGAAAGGCUAGAUGUACUUAAAAAAGGACACAUUCAACACGACAAGGAUGGCAUGAACAACUUGAAGUUUACUCUUCUGAAUCACAUAUCAGGUCCAUUAUAUACACUGAUUCAAGUUAAGCUUUAAACAUGAGACUUGCGACGAGGAGAAAAUGCGUCUACUUCCGGACAAUUUGGGGAUAAAUAAUAGCACAAUUGUUUGUAGCAAAAAAAUAUAACUUAGCAAAAACGUAGGGUUGUCUUCUCAAAUUUUUAACACUUUCUCAAAUUAAUCUACUUAUAUUAGUCUGCGACAUAAGUUACUGUUAAUUUACUUGAGAACAGAAAACAAUACGUUUUUCUUUGAUACUUAUAAAAACAAUGACCAUUAUUAAGAAAUGAAACAUUCCAAAUGAUGAAAUACAUAGAUCUUCCAUAUAGAUCUUCCUACGUGUAUGCAGAAUUUUAGUACUUGGUUAAUUACGAAACGUUAGUAGCCAUAUAAUUAUAUCAUGAUUCUAGUGAAGAAAAAAGUGGUGCGGUGCCUUUUCCGAGUGCUGAUUGAUAAUUGGUGUAUACUAAAUAUUAUUAUUACUCUUAUUAAUUAAUUGUCAUUACUGUACGUUAUAUUUAGUGACUGCCAUUUCGUGCUGGACGAAUCGAAUACAAAAACGGUUAUUAUGUGUAUGUUAAUUGUUUGUGAUAUGAUCUCUAAAAUUGUACUUGAUAUUGAUUCUGUGAUGUUGUAUGUAUUUGUGACCAACAAACAGAGGCUGAUUGGUUAGAACGAGAUGAUUGCUUAAAGGAUUUGAAUAUUUGUGAAUUCAUUUCCAAAAUUGGGUUGGAUUUUAACUUAGUGAAUUUAUAUAUCUGUUAUUGCCUUAUGUACUUCAUUACCUACAUAUUUAUUGUAUUAUGGAUUACUCUCACCCUUGAACAAAAUAUUUAGGCAGGUACUAUACUUACAAUUCCAAACGUGUGCUCUCAGAUUUUGACCAACUUAGGAUUAGUGUCAUCGAUCACAAAUUUAAUUAGUAUGAAAUUUUUAAAGACAUGGUCUUCCAAUGGUCACGUUUGACAUCCGAAGAGGAGAAGACGCUCAGUAAAUUUGAAAAGUGUAAAAUUUAUCGACUUUAGAGUGCGUUUUCUCCUCUUCGGAUGUAAUUAUCUCUGCCAAACCUGCGCAUUGACUUUUGCAAAUUUCAUGUUAAUUAAAUUUGUGAUCGAUUGACACUAGUUUGAUCAAAAUUGGAGAGCAUACGCUGGGAGACCUCCAUUGUUAAUUAAUUGUUCCUUGAGUUUAAAGGUUUCCAUCUUGCACAUAUUCAGGUUAUUAUGAUGAUAUCAAAGUGUACUUAAUAUAACGAUGGGUUGUUAUGUAAUUACUUAUCAAGUGUGAUCAUUCCUGAGUUUAAUACUUGCACAAACAAACUUACUAGACACGCAUAAUGAAAAAAUGAUAUGAUUUUGACCUUACGAAAUAAUUAUAGAGUACGAAUAGAAUUUAGGAAGUGAACGACAAACGGACAAAUUUUACUUAAAUGUGUAUGGAACACAACGCUUUAAAUUUUUGUCUAACUUGAUGUAUAACGUGAAUUUAUGAAUCUCAUUUUUGGUUGUGAAUAAGUUGGCAACGCUUCAUUAUUUUAUUAAUGAAUCAAAUAAGUAAUUAAUUAAUUUUUUAUUGAAUUACAACGAAAUUCGAGAUAAAAUUUUCAUUUGGUAAUUGUUUUGUUGUAUUUAUGUUAAUGGAAUUUUAUAUUUUGCAUAUUCGAAUUAAUUAUUAUCUGGAAGAACGUUAAAUACCUGACCGUUAUACCUGUUUCGUUAUUAAAUACUGAUUGACAAUCUUAAGUAACUUUAAAACAAUCGCUGUUUGGGUUUGAAAAAAUAAAAUAGUUUAGAAUUAAAAGUUGAA